UUGAACAUCCUUUUGCAUAUAUAUUGAAUAGAAUAAUUCAGCCAGGAAAACUACAGUUACUAGGAAAUUGAAUUGAGACUGAGAGAAACAAAACAAAAAACAGACAAAGAAAGACAUAGAAAAUAAAAAAAUAAAAAUACAAGAGGGAUGAGAGAGAGAGAGAGAGAAUAGGGGAGGGGGCUUGAUAACAAGCACCUUUCCAUCAAGGGUAGCAAAAUAUAAUUCUGAACCUGUCUUCUAAUUGGUGUUUAUUUUACUCAGAUUCUAAACCUUCCCUUUGAAUUUUCAGGUACAAAGUCUACAUACAUUGUCAAAUAAAUGGUACAAGCUGCACUGGGAUCAGUGCUCGGUUGGAAUAUAUUUCUCAUCAAAUAAAUAUUGACCUAUAUCCCAUUUACAACUGGUAAACUUGCCAAUCUGAGCAAGGCAUUUUGGAGCAGGGCACCCUUAACAACAAGGCAAUUGAACAGACUAGAACAAGAACGAGACGAGCAUCUUUCGAUUGUUUUUCAGCUCGGGAAAGCAGUCAGGUAAUCUACUCCAAUCAUGGCUGAUCAAGUCCCUCCCCUUGUAACCACAUCCUGGUUGUCUCAGCACCUGGGCACCAAGAAGAAACCCUUGAUUGUCCUUGAUGUUACCUGGAACCCACGUGGCAAAUCAGGCAACGACUUUCACCAAGAACAGCAUAUUCCUGGAAGCCUCUACUUCAAUCUUGAAGAAUGCAAAGACCAUGAAUCGCCAUUCAAGUUCACCCUUCCAAGUCCAAAUGACUUUGAUAAGUAUGUCUCCAAUUUAGGAAUUUCAAAUCAAACACAUGUCGUGAUCUACGAGAAUGAUCCUCGCUACAAGGCAAAGACUUCUGAAAGAGUGUGGUGGAUGUUCAGGUAUUUUGGACAUGACAAGGUAUCGGUUUUGGAUGGUGGUCUUGAGCAAUGGGUCAAGGAUGGCUUUUCUGUGACUUCAGACAGCACAGAGGAUCCUGUCAAAGCCACGUUCAAGUCUACAGUACAGAGGCAUCUGCUAAAGACUUAUGAUGAAGUUCUUGAAGAUCUGAAGGAAGGGUCUGUUCAGCUUGUGGACACUCGACCAUCACACUGGUUUGAUGGUUCUAAGCCUAGCUUGUGGCCAGAUCUCAGGCUCGGAACCAUCCACAGGGCAAAACACCUUACUUUUGAAGACUGCAUGGCAAAAGAUUCCACCAGAUUCAGAACUGCUGCCGAACUGCGAGAAGUCUUUGCAUCAGCGGACAUCGACCUCUCCAAGCCUGUGACUACGACCUGUAACGUGGGAGUCACUGCUUGUAUCGUAGCAAUGGCUGCUUUCCUCCAAGGGAAGGAGGAUGUGGCAGUCUUUGAUGGGUCUUGGGACGAGUUCUCCCAGAGAGCCCCCGAUGAUCUUCUCCGUAUCAACAUUUACCACAAACAGUAGCUGAAAAGAGGCUUGAUGUUUAUUAGCCAUUCAAGACCUACAAUGUAUGCCUGAUAUUAAAUUCAGCCUAACAUCUUUAAAAACCGAGGCAGUAUUACUACUGAAAUAGCAUUGUGUUCAAGGGGUGUAUCCGUACAAGAUAAUCUUCUUGAUCUUGGGAUUUUUAACCCAUUAAACAUAACGCCGCAGACACACCAACACAUCCAACUCUAAACCGACCAAUGAUAAUCCAUUCAAAAUAACAAAAAAGCUUUGAUUGGUCCGGAGUUGGCUUCUUCAGCAUGCCUGUGGCAUAUAAGACGGGGCAAAUGAUUCAGCCUCUGAGACAUUUCGGUGAUUAACUCAAUAUGCAAGAAGCACUCGCCAUGAUGGUUCACAACUUUUCUUUUAGAAUCAAGCACUUCUUUUGAGACUACAUUUGUGGUGCUCUUGGAUGUGUUUUCAAAGUCACGAAUGAAGUUCAUUAUUUUGAACAUGGUCCAAUAAUAUGACAUACCUCUGAAAUAAAGAUAGAUUGCAUCAUUUCUGUGGUAAAGUGAUUAUGUUGUCUGUUUUUCUGUGACAUAUUUAAUAAUUUUUUUAAUGGUUUAUUCGGUAAAUACCCAUGUGGUUCUUAUAAAUUCAAGUACACUUUGCUCUAGACCAUGCUCAACAACAAGAGCAGGCAUCCAGUUGAAUGUGUGUCUGACACUGUAAAUUGCAUAUCUGAGGGAUUUAUGUGCAUGAGUACCAAUUUACUACAGUGGCAUGAUAAAAAAAAUGUUAUGAAACAUAUAUAUUCAUCUCCGUGUGCACACCCAUACCAUGCUCAGAUCAGACCUAGGUCUGGGUACAUGUAGGGAGCAUUUCAUGAAAUAAAUAGGGUAGUGAUUUUCACUGGGAGGUGUACAAGCUACAGUAAACCCUCGCAUCUGAUAGGCUCAGGGCAAAA